AAAAUUUCGAGGUCGUGUGUGUUGUCUGCUUCUGCUGUUGUUUAUUUAGAUGUUGCCAUGUGGUUUACUUGUCUUUAUGUGAAUGGAGCCUUAAGUUUUAUUUCAGCUGAAUAAAGUAUUAUUGUCGCGCAUACUUUUUGCCUCAGAAGCAAAUGACAACUUUUAGUUCGAAGUUCUCACACAAUGUUAACUAAACCUAACCUACGUUGUUUUAGUACGUGCAGAACUCUUUUCAAAGAAACGCCCACUAAUUUAAAAGGUCGCAAGAAAAGUUCUCAGGAAUGGCUUACAAGGCAGCUUAAGGAUCCAUAUGUGGAGAAAUCAAGACUUGAAAACUACAGGAGUCGAAGUGCAUUUAAGCUGAUCGAAAUUGAUGAUAAAUUUAAAUUCUUGAGACCUGGAAACAUCAUUAUUGAUUGCGGGGCGUCUCCUGGAGGCUGGACACAAGUGGCUGCCCAACGCUGCAAUGCCGAUGGAAAAGAUACUAAUAGUGACAUUGGGACAGUGGUCGGCAUUGAUUUGAUAAGGAUUCAUCCCAUUCCUGGAACAAUAUUGUUGAGUCCCAUGGAUUUCACCAAAGUCAGCACCCAGGAAAAGAUUCAACAAUGUUUGAAUGGAAAGCCUGUAGAUGUGCUCAUGAGUGACAUGGCUCCAAAUGCCACAGGUGUUGCAGUGUUAGAUCAUGAAAGAAUAAUCGAUUUGGUUGUUCAGGCUUUACGAUUUGCUCUUCAAGUGUCUAGGCCAGGAGGUUCCUUUCUAGCCAAAAUUUGGAAUGGAGCUCAAAUGCAAAAUCUCAUGAAUGAAUUAGAGCGUUUUUACCAAACAGUUCAUAUUGUAAAACCUCCAGCUAGUCGUAAGGACUCAGCUGAAAUUUACUUCUAUUGUCAGGGCUUUAAGGGUUUGAAGGCUCGUCCUUCACAAUAGUUACUAGAGCUGCAUUUUAAUUUCUGUUUGUCUUGUUCUCUGUCAACUAUUUUCUUGUAAAAAUAUAGAAAUGACUGAAACAGCCUUA